AACAAAUUCACUCACAUCUUUUUUUUGUCGCGUGCUCAAGUAUUUAUAAAUUUUAAGUAAAAUUUGCCAUAAUUUUGUAAAACAAUUCUUCCGUUACAAAUUGAAAAUGCAAACCACCAAAACGAAACGUGUGAAGAAGACCAAAUCACGGGUCCAGAAGCUAAUUGCCAUUACAACGCCCAAGUUGCCAAUACGUCGCCUGGUUAUACCGCGUCCCGAUGUGCUCCACACGUAUCUAGAGUACAACCAGAUCAAUCAGUAUCUGGAAUAUAUAGUAAAUCGCUAUUCGAACUUUGUCAAACUCUAUACGCUGGGCAUCACACACGAGAAGCGUGAAGUGCGCGCUUUGGAGAUCAACUGGAUGAAUCCUGACAAUGUCGAGCUGCCAACCACAUUGCGCAUGCAGGCUGCCAAGCAGGCGGAGCUGUAUAGGAGCAGCGGAGCCAAGGGUCCCAUGGUGCUGCCCGGGGAUAAGAAUCGCAACAUUAUCUUCAUUGAGGCGGGCACACAUGCUCGGGAAUGGAUUACGGUCAGCACCAGUCUCAAUUGCAUCUAUCAGCUGACGGAACGUUAUACCCGAAACAUUGAAGUGUUGCGCAAUCUGCGUUUCAUCAUUGUGCCCUUGGUCAAUCCCGAUGGCUACGAAUACUCGCGCACCAAGAAUCGCAACUGGCGUAAAAAUCGACGACCGCAUAAGGGCACCAAGUUCGUCGGCACCGACUGCAAUCGCAAUUACGAUGUGUACUGGGAGAGCGGUCCGAGCAAGACGCAACGCAACACCUACAAGGGUGAGCGUCCCUUCUCCGAGCCCGAGACGCGUGCCAUGCGCAACAUUCUCGACAGUCUGGCGCCCAAUUUGUUGUUCUUCUUAUCUCUACACUCCUACGGCCAGAGCAUCAUGUAUCCCUGGGGCUAUUGCCGUGAUCCGCCCUAUCACUGGCGUGAGCUGCACACAUUGGCCACCUGCGGACGCACCGCCAUCAAGACGUACAAUGGUCGCGAGUAUCGCACCGGCUCCAUUAGCUGCCUGACCAAACGCACCAUUGCCGGCUCAGUAGUGGACUACGUCUAUGGUGUGCUGAAGGCGCCCAUGGCGCUGGUCAUGGAGUUGCCAUCCCGAGAACUGGGCUUUCAGCCGCCAGUCGAGAUGAUCAGCCAGAUUGGACACGAGAGCUGGUUUGGCAUACGCGAGAUGUGCAAGAGUGCUUUCGAUUUGCGGCGUCGCAUCAAUCGCGACGAGGAGCCCGUGGCUCCCAGACCACCGCGUGCUGCAGGCGCCGGAGACUGUGCAUCGGCAGCCAACAGCAGCGGUGAGGAGAAGAAAACCACACCCAAGAAGGUGCGCAUGCGAAAGCGCAGCAAACGCACCAUACUCUCACAGCAUGCGGAUAUACUCGAAAUGCAGAAGCGACACAAGGCAGCGACGAUGAUGUUGCCACGACGACCAUUGACGGCGCCAGCUUUGGUCAGACGUGCUGGGCAAGGCGAUGAGCCUUCAGACACAGUUUAAGCAAUUGGACGAAUAGCAAUUAGUGGACGAUAGGAUUAACUGAAUGAAUUAGGUGUGUAUUUCUAUGUGUGAACAAUAAACUAAUACAAUUCACAAA